CAUGAAACAAAUCCAGCACAGCCUGCAGUUGGGUCUGGCACCUGCUGAGGCCGAGCUUUACCAGUACUAUCUGGCCCAAAACAUAGGCUUGACAGGCCUGAAACUGGAAAAUCCGGCUGACCCGCAGUUCAUGUUAAAUCCAUUCCAGCUUGACCCUGCAACAGCUGCAGCUGUGGCACCAGGACUAGUUAAUAGUGAGCUACCACCUGAAAUGAGGCUUGCAAGUGGUCAACUAGUAGGUGAUGACCUAUCCUUCCUUACUGCCGGGGAGAUUUCACCUUACAUCAAUGACCCCUCGUUGAAGCUGUUUCAAUGUGCUGUCUGCAACAAAUUUACCACCGACAGCCUGGAGGCUCUGAGCUUGCAUGUGAACAGUGAGCGUUCACUCCCUGAAGAGGAGUGGAAGGCUGUGAUUGGUGACAUCUAUCAAUGUAAGCUCUGCAACUACAACACUCAGCUGAAGGCCAACUUUCAGCUCCAUUGUAAGACAGACAAACACAUGCAGAAAUAUCAGCUGGUGGCCCACAUCAGAGAAGGGGGCAAACCUAAUGAGUGGAGGCUCAAAUGUGUAGCUAUUGGGAAUCCAGUGCAUCUGAAAUGCAAUGCCUGUGACUAUUAUACUAACAGUGUGGAUAAGUUGCGCCUUCAUAGUACCAACCAUAGACAUGAAGCAGCAGUCAAGCUGUAUAAGCAUUUGCAAAAGCAUGAGAGUGCGGCGAAUUCCAAGUCAUUCUAUUACAACUGUGGCCUUUGCAACUACACCACCAAGGCCAAGCUGAACCUGGUUCAGCACGCACGGUCUCUGAAACACCAGCAGACAGAAAGCCUGCACAGGCUACAGUUACACCAGCAGGGGCUGGCACCAGAGGAGGACAAUCUCAAUGAGAUCUUUUUCGUUAAAGACUGCCCACCAAAUGAACCUGAUGAGCAGAGUGAAGACUCUGAAGGCCCUGGUAAAACCACUGUUUCAGCUGGUGCUUCUGAUAACAAGGACAAAACUGAAAAAGACAACAAAGAAAACAAGAAGUCUGACAAAGACUCUGGGACAAUUACGCUAUGUACAGAACCUCAAGAAAGCUCUCUAGUGGGAGACCGGUCACUGCCGCAGGGGGGAGAUGAUGACCUUGCUUCCAAGAGACCCCGGUCAGAUGGUAGCAGCAAACCCAGUCAGGAGCAGCUCUACCAGUGCCCCUACUGUAAUUAUAACAGUAAGGAUGGAAACAGGAUCCAGAUGCAUGUCAUGUCCCAGCAUUCCAUGCAGCCAGUCAUCUGCUGCCCUCUCUGUCAGGAUGUUCUCAGCAACAAGAUUCAUCUACAGCUCCACCUGACCCACUUGCACAGCGUGGCACCUGAUUGCGUGGAGAAGCUACUUAUGACUGUGUCUGUUCCAGAUGGGGUGAACCCCAACAGUAUAUUGCCUUCAACUGGUUCUGAGAAAAUGCAAUGUUUCCUGAGCAAUACUGCAGCUGUAACCACAGAGGAAUCAUGUAAAUCAUCCGGUGAAUAUUCAUCAGAGGGGAAGUUUUAUUCAGUCUCAGACAACUCAAAGUCCGGAAUUGAGUCAAAAAAUGAGGAGCAGAAGAUGGCAAAGGAAUCUUCAGAUACUGCAGACUGGAAGAAGGAUGGAAGUCAACGUUUUAAGGUUUCAGACUCUCUGCAAGAUCAACUAAAUGAACUCCAGAAAAGGCAACAGCUGCCUGUGUCUGAUCGGCAUGUGUACAAGUAUCGCUGUAGCCAAUGUAGUUUGGCUUUCAAGACCAUGCAGAAACUUCAGAUUCAUUCGCAGUACCAUGCUAUUCGGGCUGCCACAAUGUGUAGCCUUUGUCAACGUAGCUUCCGCACAUUUCUGGCUUUAAAGAGACAUUUAGAAACCAGUCAUCCUGAACUAAGUGAGGUGGAGGUACAACAGAUAUGUGGGAGUUAUCAUGUGAAUGGAGAGUUCUGGUCAGAAAGUGAAGUUAUCAGUCAAGAAGAUAAUAUUUUGGUACAGGAAAUAGAUAAAGAGGAAGAAAUAGACCAGGAUGGGAAAAUCAGUCCAGCAGGAAGUGACAGCAGCUCUAUUCUAGAUGAUUUAAGUUCAGAACCAAAACGAACGCUGCCUUUCCGGAAAGGUCCAAAUUUUACCAUGGAGAAGUUUUUAGAUCCUUCUCGACCAUACAAAUGCACAGUGUGUAAAGAAUCUUUCACUCAGAAAAACAUUCUCUUGGUUCAUUAUAAUUCAGUAUCACACUUGCACAAGCUAAAGAAAGUUCUACAAGAGGCAUCAAGUCCAAUUCCUCAAGAAUCCAACAACAUAGAUAACAAGCCCUACAAGUGCAACACGUGUAAUGUUGCUUAUAGCCAGAGCUCUACACUGGAAAUACAUAUGAGAUCUGUGCUCCAUCAGACAAAAGCAAGGGCAGCCAAACUGGAAGCAGGAAGUUGUAGUGCUGCAGCUGGAAACAAUAGUGUGGGCAUUAGUGGUAGUCUGCUUGCUACUGGUCAAAUGACUACAGAUUCUCUCGGGAUGGCAGCAGUUAGUAACAAAGAUAUCAAUGCAGAUAUCAAAGAAGCAAACAAAAAACAGUUUUCUGAAUCAAUUUCUCCUCAUUCUGUCCAACAUCAACCUCAGUCACCAGCUCAGGCACAAAUGCAUCUGCAACAUGAACUGCAGCAACAAGCUGCUUUCUUUCAGCCUCAGUUUCUAAAUCCAGCAUUGUUACCACACUUCCCUAUGACAGCUGAAGCUUUGCUGCAGUUACAACAGCCACAAUUUCUCUUUCCUUUUUAUCUGCCAGGUACUGAAUUUAAUCUAAAUACAGAGCUAGGUUUGCCUGGUUCAGGAACCUUUGGAAUGUCUGCAAUGACAGGAUCUCUGCUUGAAGAUCUAAAGCAGCAAGUACAAGGGCAACAGCUACUGCAAAUUCAGCAGCAAUAUGGGCAACAGCAUCAAGGUUUACAGGCUCAGCAACUGUCGCAAAAACAACAGCAACAAGCAGUUAAACCACCCAAGCAGGAACAAAAUAGUUUAAAUUCUGUAGAGACCCAGUUGUUAAAAGACAGUUACUCCCAUAAAGAAACUGAGGAAUUAAUGGAGAUAGCAGAAAAUAAGACACCACAUGAGCUUUUAAGUGAAUCCGAAGUUUUAAAAGAAAAUAAAGAGAUCAAAAAGCAGAAAUCAGUAGAAACUGUGCUUCCACCUCCUCGUAUUCCAUCUGGUGCAAGAGGCAAUGCAGCAAAAGCUUUAUUAGAAAACUUUGGCUUUGAGUUGGUUAUCCAGUUUAAUGAAAACAAACAGAAAGUUCAGAAGAGAAGCAAGAAUGGUGAAAAUGAGAAGACUGACAAGUUAGAAUGUGAAGCAUGUGGCAAGCUGUUUUCAAACAUUCUUAUCCUGAAGAGCCACCAAGAGCAUAUUCAUUAUCAGUUUUUCCCAUUUGGAGAGUUGGAAAUAUUUGCAUGUCACUAUAGGGAAGCGUAUGACAAAUUGUAUCCUGUAACACCAUCCUCACCAGAGUCACCUGCACCUACACCAUUGCCUCCUCCCCCACCACCUCCUCCUCCUCCACCACCACCACCACCACCACCUCCCUCAACAGGAAAUGGCAAACUCCAAGGAUCUGCCCCAUCACCAUUACCACCACCACCACCACCUCCUCCUCCUCCUCCUCCCCCACCUCCACCCCCUCCACCUUCUUCGCAAUCCCAGGUUCAGAUACCUGUAUCCUUGGAUCUGCCUCUCUUCCCUCCAGUUAUGAUGCAACAUUCUUCUUUGCCACCCCAGCUGACUUUGCAACUGCCAACUAUGGAGUCUUUAUCUGCAGAUCUCACCCAGCUCUGCCAACAACAGUUGGGUUUAGAUCCCAAUUUUCUGAAACAUCACCAAUUCAAACGUCCACGUACAAGAAUCACAGAUGAUCAAUUAAAGAUCUUGCGGACUUAUUUUGACAUCAAUAAUUCACCAACUGAAGAACAAAUUCAAGAAAUGUCAGAAAAGUCGGGACUUCCACAAAAAGUUAUUAAGCAUUGGUUUCGUAAUACCCUUUUUAAAGAAAGGCAAAGAAAUAAGGACUCACCAUACAAUUUCAAUAAUCCACCGAUUACCACAUUGGAAGAAUCCAGAAAUGAUACUUGUUUUAGUGCAGCAGAAUAUUACAGGACAGAUGGUACAUUAAAUAAGCGGUCAUCUAGAACACGAUUCACUGACUACCAAUUGAGGGUUCUGCAGGACUUUUUUGAUACUAAUGCUUAUCCAAAAGAUGAUGAAAUAGAACAAUUGUCUACAGUUCUGAACCUACCUACUCGAGUAAUUGUUGUGUGGUUCCAAAAUGCUCGUCAGAAAGCACGAAAGAGUUUUGAAAAUCAAGCCGAUACUAAAGAUAGUGAAAGAAGGGAACUAACCAAUGAGCGUUAUGUACGAACCAGUAAUUUACAAUAUCAGUGUAAAAAAUGUAAUGUAGUGUUUCCACGAAUUUUUGAUCUAAUUACACAUCAAAAGAAACAGUGUUACAAAGAUGAAGACGAUGAUGGUCAGGAUGAUAGUCAAACAGAAGAUUCAAUGGACGCCACAGACCAAAUGAUGUCAAAUCACCCUGAUACUUCUUGCCCAACAGACCCAUCAAGGCCCACAUUAGGUACCGUGACAGGUUCUGGUUCCAGAUCUGGUUCUAGUUCUGGUUCUAGCACUCCUCUGAUGCCUUCACCCAAACUAGAAAUAGAUAAAAGUUCACCUAAAUCUAACCUGCCAGUAGAGAAACCAAAGCAAAUUGAGGUUGCUCAACCCUCUCAAAUGGCCAAACCAAUAUCUUCGCCUCCAUCAGCACCACAGACAAUAGCACCUCAGUCACAGCAGCAAAAUCAAUCCCAACAACAAAUAAUGCGACCUCAUUCACAGCCUCAAAAUACAGUAGUUUCAUCCAGCCCUCUGUCUGUAGCAGUCACCUCUUUACAGAACAGUCUACCUCCUCCAAUGUUACAAUACCAGUGUGAUCAGUGUAAAUAUGCCUUUCCAAGCUUGGAACUUUGGCAAGAGCACCAGCACAUUCAUUUUUUGGCAGCCCAGAAUCAAUUCCUCCAUUCACAAAUCUUGGAUAGAUCUUUAGAUAUGCCCUAUAUGAUUUUUGACCCGAACAACCCACUUAUGGCCGGACAGUUGCUUCCUGGACCUCUUACACAGAUAUCCUCCCAGCCUAGUUCAUCAGUUCCAACCUCCUCUAACACAGCUUCUGGAACAGUUAAGCGUAAAUUGGAAGAAAAAGAAGAAAACAAUCAAACUGAUAAAGAAGGUGCAAAUUGUAGUGAUGAACCACAUCGUGAUAAGAGGCUUAGAACUACAAUAACUCCAGAGCAGCUUGAGGUACUGUAUGAAAAAUACUUGUUGGAUUCUAAUCCUACUCGAAAAAUGUUGGAUCACAUUUCAAAUGAAGUAGGCCUGAAGAAACGUGUGGUUCAGGUCUGGUUUCAGAACACUCGAGCUCGUGAAAGAAAGGGUCAGUUUCGUGCCCUUGGUCCAAGUCAAUCUCAUAGAAGAUGCCCUUUUUGUCGAGCACUCUUUAAAGCUAAAACAGCACUUGAAACACAUAUUCGGUCUCGACAUUGGCAUGAAGCAAAACAAGCAGGCUACAGCCUUCCACCAAGCCCCAUUAUGCCACAAGAUGAUGAUGGUGAAAGUCCACAGAAAGAUAAUUAUUUUGAAUUUCCAACAUUACUUUUUUCCAAGAUUGAUGCAUUAAGUGAAAAUGAAGCACCAUCUACAGUUUCAACACCAGUAAGUAAAACAGCAGAGAUGUCACCAAAACAUCUUCUGAGCCCUUCGUUAUUCAAAUCAGAAUGCAACGAAGACACAGAAAGUCCAAAUAUAAACCCUGCUGUUGUCAGUUUUGAUCAAAGUAAGGCAGAUUUUGAUGAUACAUCAUCUAUUAACACAGCUAUAAGUGAUGGAAGUACAGGAGAUGAAGGAAACAAUGAAACUGAAAACCUGGUUAGCACUUCAGAAAGUAAAGUUAUUGAGUCUUCAGAUGACCUGAAAACAUCACUAGCUGGUGAUCAAUUGUCAAUGAUGGUUACAACGACCACAGUUGAUUAUUAUGAUGAAAGACUUUCCAUGAGCUUACCUAGCCCUUCUCUAAGCUUCAUAUCAAGGGAUAAUGACAUAGAUGAUAGUGUUGACCGAAGUGAGACAUCGAGUUUAGCCGAUCCCUGUUCUCCAAGUCCAUUUGGGAGCCACAGUAGUCUCAAAUCAUCAAGAUCCAGUGAGCGACCUGGUCAGAAACGCUUCAGAACACAAAUGAGUAAUCUUCAAUUAAAAGUCCUUAAGUCAUGCUUUGCUGACUACCGUACACCAACAAUGCAAGAAUGUGAACUUCUCGGCAAUGAAAUUAAUUUACCUAAAAGAGUUGUCCAGGUCUGGUUUCAGAAUGCUCGAGCAAAAGACAAAAAAUUAAAGUUAAACAUGGCAAAAUCAUUCAUGAUGAAUCAAACUGGAACCGAUGGGCAAAGAACAGAAUGUUCUUUAUGUGGUGUUAUGUACACUGCACGUUUGUCUAUCAGAGAUCACAUUUUCUCACAGCAGCAUAUCAACAAAGUGAAAGAAACUGUAGGAUGCCAGCUAGAUAAGGAGAAGGAUUAUCUUGCUCCUACAACUGUCCGACAGUUGAUGGCUCAACAAGAAUUGGAUCGUUUGAAGAAGGCCACAGAUGCUUUGGGCAUAACAUCACAACAACAAGUUCUGCAUCAACAAAGCAUAAUGGAAAAUAAUGCAUUGCAUGGCCUCAAUGCUUCAACAUCCUAUUCAGGCCUCUCAGGCCUUUCUCCAGUUAUUCUCCCUGGAGUAAAUGGUCCUGCUUCACUGUCGAGUUUUCCACAAAACACAACAGCUUUAUCAUCUCCUGGUGCAGGCAUGCUUGGGUUUCCUUCUCCAGCUACUGUUUCCCCUGCCCUAUCACUCAGCAGUGUUCCCACCAAACCUUUGCUGCAGACUCCCCCGCCGCCAUCAGUUCCUUUGGUCAUACAGCAGGCAGAGCAACAGAACAAGGAUUUAGAAAAAAAUGGGAAGUCAGACAAGGUCAAGGUUAAACCCAAAGAGAAGGAUACGGAGAAGGACAAAGAUGAAAAUUUACUUAAUAAAAAAGAAGAAAAGGAAUCGUCAGUCAUGUCGAACCAAAAUGGAGGUGGGAAGUCAAUGGACUCUGCUCAGCCGCAGACACUUCAGGCCGCAAUGGCAGGUGAUUCCAGCUCUUUUCUGGGUGGGCAAUUCUUGCCAUACUUCAUUCCUGGAUUUGCAUCAUAUUUCACUCCUCAGCUUCCUGGAGCAAUGCAAGGAGGGUAUAUUCCACCAUUAUGUGGAAUGGAGAACCUUUUUCCCUAUGGCCCUGUAGUACCCCAAACUAUCACUGGUCUUUCACCUGGCACACUAUUACAGCAGUAUCAGCAGUACCAACAAAGCCUCCAGGAUUCAUUGCAGAGGCAGCAGCAGCAACUUCAAAAACAACAGCAACAACAACAACAGGAGCAACAGCAGCAGCAACAGAAACAAAAUCAAGUGGACUCAUCUAGUCAAAAUGAACAGAAAAAAACAAACAAAUCUUUAGAAAAAAUAGAAGAGAGAAAUUCUGCUGCAGAAAGCACAAAAGUGGAUCCAGAAAAGGAAAACAAAAGCACGGACUUUCUUGACACAUACAUUGUUCCAUCUAUCAAGUAUGAGUAUAUAUGCAGGAAGUGCCAGAUGAUCUUUACUGAUGAAGAUGCAGCAGUAAAUCAUCAAAAAUCCCUCUGUUACUUUGGUCAGCCUUUGAUUGAACCACAAGAGACAGUGCUUCGCAUUCCAGUCAGCAAGUAUCAGUGUGUAGCCUGUGACAUGGCUAUCAGUGGGAACGAAGCACUAAGCCAGCACCUCCAGUCAAGCUUGCACAAAGAGAAAACAAUCAAACAAGCAAUGAGAAAUGCCAAAGAGCAUGCUAGAUUAUUACCUCACUCAGUCUGCUCCCCUAAUCCUAACACCACAUCUACCUCGCAGCCUGCAGCUUCUUCUAACAACACCUAUCCUCAUCUUUCUCGCUUCUCCAUGAAGUCCUGGCCUAAGACUCUUUUCCAAGCCUCAGCCAGGAAAGCUGCUUCUUCCCCUUCUUCUCCUCCUCUUUCCUUGCCUUCAACGGUUACCUCAAGUUCGUGCAGCACCUCAGGGGUUCAAACCUCACUACCCACAGAAAGUUGUUCAGACGAGUCUGACAGUGAGUUAAGCCAGAAGUUGGAUGACUUAGAUAAUCCUAUGGAAGUGAAGCCUAAGCCUGCCUCUGGCCUAGAUAGUACUUUUAGUAGCAUCAGAAUGGAUAUGUUCAGUGUGUAGGAGUGAAGACAGGAUCCCUUGCUUAAAAAUAAGACUUAACUGCAGUUCCAAAGCUUCUCUAACCCAAAAAUACAGAACCAAAUGAUUGACUCAGGAUUGUUUUUCCCAUAUUGAUAUGCUGGCAAUAUAGAAUGAUUUGUAAUGGACAGAACUGUUACAAAGCGUU